UCCGAUGAUCCCUCUUGACAUCUGGGUUAGGGAUCCACGCUUAGGACCUCGUUGAACCUUAAUCCCCCCUGAAGACCCAAGGUUUAUAGGGAAGCUGUGUUCAGAACACGCCCCCUCGUGAUCAGGAAACCCUGAGACUCGAGAAGCCGUGUGGAGGCCCGCGGUGCUGCCUGCAGCGAUGGCCGAGUGGACCAGCGGACCGCCGAGGGGCAGUCUCUGUGGGAGGUCGGUAGGAGACACGAGAAAGGUCUGGGGCCACCUAGAGCUGUGCGCACGCAUCUUUCCACCGGACGUGAUCACACGCAGCUUUUACGACCAGAACAGAAACACCCUGAUCCAGACUUUUCUGCUGUGAAGUAAAUGCCCAAAUCCUGAAGCGGGAGAGCCCCUGCGGGACUCGCAGACUCAGCGGUGGCGGCAGGGCGAGUUCACGGGAGAUGAUGGGCAGCUUCACCGAGCGCGCUGGAUCAGCGAUCGCUGACGGUGUUUAGGUGUCGGCCACUACGGCCUCUCCCAAAACUCUGAAGCCAUUUGCACGUCAACAGGGAUUCCGUUUUGAAGAAACAUUACCAGGUUUUAAAUGGACUGGAAGUCAGUAAAAGACUAAGAAAAUGGGGGAAAAGUCCUUUCGCUUUUACAGCCUAGUGAAUUCUGGCGGAACUUUACUUCCGGAGAUUCAAGGAUGGGCGGAGCCAAUGUGGGGCUUGGGGCCGCGCGCCGGAAGUACGUUAAGGCCUCAGAAGACUGGCCGCUCGGUGCCGGAAAGUGCCCGCCCCUUUAGUGCGUACUUCCGGCGCGCUGGUGCGUGACCGCUGGGCGGCCGGCACCGGUCUCUGGCUCAGGGGCUGCUCCCUGCAUCCCGAAGCGGCUGCCGCUGGGCUGCUCUGCCUGGGCUCCGGGACCUGGGUCCCCGCCCGGCGCGAGUGCGCGAUGAGGCUGGGCUCCGGGACCUUCGCCGCAGGCUGCGUAGUGAUCGAGGUGCUCGGGGUCGCGCUCUUCCUUCGCGGAUUCUUCCCGGCCCCUGUGCGUUCCUUUUCCGGGCCGGAGCACCACGCGGAGACCCCCGCGCCCGAGCCCUCGGCAGGAGCCACUUCCAAUUGGACCAACCGUCCGCCUCCUCUUUUCAGUAAAGUUGUCAUUAUGCUGAUAGAUGGCUUGAGAGACGAUUUUGUGUUUGGGUCAAAGGGGGUGAAAUUCAUGCCGUACACCACUUACCUCGUGGAAAAAGGAGCAUCUCACAGUUUUGUGGCUGAAGCAAAGCCACCUACAGUGACUAUGCCUCGAAUCAAGGCCCUGAUGACGGGGAGCCUCCCCGGCUUCAUCGACGUCGUCAGGAACCUCAACUCCCCCGCGCUGCUGGAAGACAAUGUGAUCACGCAGGCCUGGGCCUCGGGGAGGAGGAUCAUCUUCUAUGGGGAUGAGACGUGGGUGAAAUUAUUCCCACGGCAUUUUGUGGAGUAUGAUGGAACCACCUCGUUUUUUGUGUCAGAUUACACAGAGGUGGACGACAACGUCACCAGGCACCUGGGUGCCGUCCUGAAGAGAGGGGACUGGGACGUGCUGAUCCUUCACUACUUGGGGCUGGACCACGUCGGCCACGUCUCCGGGCCCCACAGCCCGCUGAUCGGGCGCAAGCUCGGCGAGAUGGACAGCAUCCUGAUGAGGAUCCACACCUCGCUGCUCUCACAGGAGAGAGAGACGUCCUCGCCCAGUUUGCUGGUCCUUUGUGGCGACCACGGCAUGGCUGAGCGCGGCGGCCACGGGGCCUCCUCUGUGGAGGAGGUGAACACCGCGCUGGUCCUGGUCAGCUCUGCUUUUGAAAGGAAACCCGGUGACGUCAGGCGGCCACAGCACGUCCAACAGACAGACGUGGCCGCAACACUCGCGAUAGGGCUUGGUCUGCCGAUUCCGAAACACAGCGUGGGCUGCCUCCUGCUCCCUGUCGUGGCGGACAGAGCGAUGCGGGAGCAGCUGCGACUCCUGCAUCUGAACGCGGUGCAGCUCCGCAGGCUGCUGCAGGAGAACGUGCCUUCCUACGAGAGGGAGCCUGGGUUUGAGCAGUUCCAGAAGUCAGAGAGGCUGCACGCCAACUGGGUUCGCCUGUACCUGGGGGACAGCCCCUCCGACGUCCUCCUCAGCCUCGGGAGCAAGGUCCGCAGGCAGUACUCGGAUGCCCUGAGGACCCUGAGCCUGGCCCUGAGCGCACAGGGCGCCCACUAUGACGUCUACUCCAUGCUGGUGGGGGCCGUCGUGGUGCUGGAGGUCCUUGCCCUGCUGCUGCUCAGCGUCCCCCAGGCGCUGGGCGCCACGGCCGAGCUGGACGUGCCCCUGUCGUCGCCCGUGUUCUGUCUGCUCUUCUAUCUGACGCUGCUGCUGCUCGGGGCCGUGCACGUCAUCGUCUGCACCUCAGCCGAGAGCUCCUGCUACUUCUGCAGCCUCGCGUGGCCGGCCGUGGCCACGGUGCUGGCGCUCGCCUCUGCCCUGCUCUGCGCAGUCGCGUCCGCCCUGACCAGGACGCUUGUGGGUGGAGAGCUCCUGAGGAGGAACCCGGUGCACCCUGGCCCCAGGUGGCCGGAGUUGGACCUCCUCCUCUUGCUGGGGACGCUGGGCCAUGCCGCAAGCCUGGGCUCGAGCAGCUUCGUCGAGGAGGAGCACCAGACCUGGUACUUCCUCGUCAACACCCUGUGUCUGGCCCUGGGUCACGACAUCUGCAGGCGCUGCUUCCCAGGGGACGACGGCGACAGGGCAGAAGGGCUCGCUGGUGCGGCCCCAACUCGGCGCAGUCAGAGCCCUCGCCAUGACGUGUUGGACCUGGACCAAAGACGCAAGGGCUGCUCCUCCUUGGACGCACUCCGUGGCCCUGAGAAGUGGAUGGUGCUGGCGAGCCCGUGGCUGGUGCUCAGCUGCUGCCGGCUGCUGCGGUCCCUGAACCACACGGGGGUGCAGUGGGCCCACCGCCCCGACCUGGGGCACUGGCUCGCCAGCUCCCACCACAAAGCCGAGCUCUCCGUGCUGGCCGCCCUGUGCCUCCUGGCGAUCUUCACGCUGGCUCACCGGCGGUGCUCCCCAGUGUCCAGGGUGGCCAUGGCACUCGGCCUGCUGGGCGUCUACUGCUACCGGGCGGCCACCGGCCACCUGCUGCUGCCGUGGCAACGAGAGAGCAAGGGCAUUUCCAAGGGUAUCAUUGAGGCUCGUUUUGUUUAUGUGUUUGUCCUUGGCCUUCUGUUCACGGGCACCAAGGACUUGCUUAAGUCUCGAGUCAUUGCCGCAGACCACACACACCAGCCCACAGGCCUGUGGGACCUUCACGGGGGCCUCGUGCUGCUGGCGGCGCUGCUGGUCCGGCCGCACAACCUUCCCGUCCUGCUGUGCAGCCUCUUGGUCCAGGCCGUGAUGACCAGGUUCGUCUGGAGGCCCCUGAGGCACAACGCCGCGGAGGUCACGGCCAUGCAUUACUGGUUCGGUCAAGCGUUCUUCUACUUCCAGGGAAACUCCAACAACAUCGCCACAGUGGACAUCUCGGCGGGCUUCGUGGGUCUGAACACCUACGUGGAGGUCCCCGCCGUGUUCCUGACAGCGUUCUCAACGUACGCGGGGCCUGUGCUGUGGGCCAGCCACUUGGUGAACUUCCUGAGCUCCGACACCCGCAGUGGUUCAGCCCUGAGACACGCCUGCUUCUGCUACGCAUUGCUCUGCUCUCUCCCAGCGUCUGCGUACAUCCUUCUGGUGACAUCCCUGCGCUACCACUUGUUCAUAUGGAGCGUGUUUUCUCCGAAACUUCUCUACGAGGGCGUGCACCUGCUCCUCACGGCGGCUGUCUGCCUGUCCUUCGUCGCCUCGGAUCGGAGCCACGCCAAGUCUUAGACACUGGAAAACCAGAUACUUCCAAAGUCUACUUUAUUCCGUGGAUCUGGAUGUGAUCUAAAUGCAAGAUUGUUCUGAAAAAAAGAAAUGUGUGGCUUCUACAAUGUUGACGAAUACCUGCAGUUUCUUGGACUGCUGUGCUUGCAUUCCGGUUCAGUAGCAAGUGGCUUCCUUUGCCCUGUUGACAAUCACUCCAGCCACUUCUGAACUUUUAACUCCCUCUGGGUAAGUGAGGAUAUGACCCAAAGUUGUGUGUUUAAAUUGGUGCCUUGAAAGGUCACCAGGGUGUGUGUAUGUGUGUGUGUGUGACCUUCAGAGCCCAGCAGCCCUGUGGGAACAGGGUCCUGUCUGGCCCUGUACAGACACCACAGGAGGCCCGGGGGCUCUGCCAUCUGAGGUCGCAUCUGUCAGCAUGAAUGGCUUUUGAAACUAAAAUUAAGACAUGUCAAAAAAUUUAUUCAUUUAAAAAUAAAGGUAUAACCCUGUUGUAAGUUAAUAUAACAAAUUUUUAAGAAAAAUAACUAUUUUCAAAAACAAAUGUUUAGCAAGAAGAAUGGUGUUAUUUUAUAUUUUUGCAACUCUCUUUCAUGUCCGGCUUCACUGAGGACAGUUGGGUUCUGUGUCCACUUGGCUGCAAUCCACAUGUUUAGAGGAACUGGUCACGUAGACCCGUCUGUGGGCAAGGGAGGGUAUUUUCACUCCUUUUACUGGUCAGCAUGAGUGUUAUUUUCGAUAUUGCACUGAAAUUCCACAAGCGAGAGUCUCUUAAAGGUCUGCUGGGGAAAAGCGACGAGUGUGGGAAAACCAGACUUGACCUGUGAGUCUGCUCCGAGUCACCGCCUCGCUCGCCGGGUCUUGUCCAGGCCUGUGGCCCUCACUGCUGCAGGGGAAGCUGAGGUGUGGGUGGAGGGGCUCUGCACUGUUCUUGCAACUUCAUGUGGUUUUCAGACUCCUUGAAAAUAAAGUUACUUGGA